GUACUAGAGUGCCAUUUUUGUGUAUGGUUCCCAAGGCGAUGAUGGAAGGAGCGCGAGAUCCACCGGUGGCAGGGAAGCGUCGUCGGGGCGCCUUCGCGGUCGUCUUCCUCGCCGCGUUGCCGCUGCUGCUGGUUCUCUUCCUCUUCGGCGACCGAGCCGCCUCCAUCGCCGCCGACACCCAGCUCUGGUCGCAGGUGAAACAGCAAAGUCCCCGCCGUACCGCGUCGUCACCCCGGGACCGGCUCCUCGGCGGCCUCCUGUCUCCGGACUUCGACGAGCCGGCGUGCCGCAGCCGGUACCAAGGGUCCAAGCGAUGGAAGCCGUCGCCGUUCCCGGUGUCAUCUUACCUCUCCCGGAAGCUGAGGCAGUACGAAGCGAACCACCGCCGGUGCGGGCCGGGCACGGCGCGGUACCGGGAGGCGAGGGCGCAGCUCCACUCCGGCCGCAACGGCGACCGCGGCGAGUGCCGGUACGUGGUGUGGCUCCCCAUCCAGGGCCUCGGCAACCGGAUGCUCAGCCUCGUCUCCACCUUCCUCUACGCGCUGCUCACCGGCCGCGUCCUCCUCGUCCACGAGCCCGCCGAGAUGGUGGGCCUCUUCUGCGAGCCGUUCCCGGGGUCCUCGUGGCUGCUUCCCCCCUCGGGCUUCCCCAACAUGAACCGCGGCUUCUGGUCCAGCUGCCCGGAGAGCUACGUCAGCAUGCUCGAGAGCGGCGUCGUCGGCUACGACGACGAUGGCGGUGGUGAGAAUGGGAGCGCGCUGCCGCCGUACGUGUACCUCCACCUGGAGAACAUGAACCUCCGGCUCCGGAACCACACCUUCUGCGAGGAGGACCACCGGGCGCUCGACCGGUUCAACUGGAUGGUGCUCAGGUCCGACAGCUACUUCGCCGUGGCGCUGUUCCUGGUGCCGACGUACCGGGACGAGCUGGGCCGGAUGUUCCCGGCCAAGGGGUCCGUGUUCCACCACCUCGGCAGGUACCUACUCCACCCGGGCAACCGAGCGUGGGGGGUCGUGCAGAGGUUCUUCGACGGCUACCUCGCCGGCGCCGACGAGCGUCUGGGCGUGCAGGUGCGCGUCGUGCCACAGAGCGGGGUCCCGUUCGAGGCCAUGUACGAGCGCAUCGUCCGGUGCACGCGCGAGAACCAUCUCCUACCGCAAGUGACCGACGAGCCUGCCGCCGCCGUGCUGCCGGCGAACAGCACGGCGGCGAGGGCCAAGACGACGGCCGUGCUGGUGGUGUCGCUGAAGCCGGAGUACUACGAGAAGCUCCACGGCACGUACUACGCCAACGCGACGGCGUCCGGGGAGGUGGUGACGGUGUACCAGCCGAGCCACGACGGGGAGCAGCACACGGAGGCGCGGGCGCACAACGAGCGCGCGCUGGCGGAGAUCUUCCUGCUGAGCUACUCCGACGGGAUGGUGACCACGGGGUGGUCGACGUUCGGGUACGUGGCGCACGCGCUGGCCGGGCUGCGGCCAUGGCUGCUGGCCCCGCUGGACUGGAGCGGGAGGGGCGCCGACGUGGCGUGCGUGAGGCCGGCGUCGGUGGAGCCGUGCCUGCACUCGCCGCCGUCUCUCGUGUGCCGUGGCGGCAAGGAUCUUGACCCGGUGGCGCACGUGCCGUUCCUGCAACACUGCGAAGAUGUGGGCUUCGGUCUUAAGCUCGUCGAUUAAGUUGGUAGUAAUUUUGAUUUAGUCAUGUUUCUGGGCCAUCAGUUCACUGAAAUGUACAUGAUCUGCACGUC